AUCCGGGUAACUUUAUUGGCCUAUAAUGUAUUUUUGUAAUGGCGGUCAAGGUGGUUAUUUGAUGAUAUGAAAAUGAGAGUAAUAACGCCAUCUGCCUAAUUAAUGAUUGAAAUCUGUGUAAACAAAUUUAGCUGUCGAUUUCAAGAUGAUGCAAGAUGUCAAUGUUGAACCAGCGAAGGAACUAAGGACUAUUGAAAUUGGGCAAACCAACGUCGAUGAAUCAGGCAAGGGGCCUCCUCCGUCUGCAGAGAAAACAGUCGUGGAACAUCACUCGAAUUUUGGACCUGAUAUGUCAGGGAGUGACGAGGAUGAAGCUUCUGAGGUGGAUUCGUUCAUCUUAGAUGAGAAUGAUAUGGAGGACAGUGAGCAAGGAUUGGAAGCAUCAAAGUAUUUGUUGGCCACUGAGACGGAAGGUCAAGGUAUACAAACUGUAGAUCCUCAGACUCAAGCCAGGCUGGAAGCUCUCCUUGAAGCUGCGGGCAUCAGCAGGUUGUCUUCUAAAGAUGGCAAGGCUCUCUCGGAUCCUGAGGUUCUGAGAACCCUCACUUCGUCUGUGAGCAGUGCUUUGGACGAGGCUGCGCAGGCGUUGCAUCGCAUGAGAGAUUCUCAGGGCCAGCCAAUGAUCAGUGAAGGUGUACCUCUUGAAGCAAGUGGAGAGACUGAGUCGAUAUGUCACCGGUCGAGCUCAGGAACUGCUGCGGAAGCUUCAGAGGAAGGAGAGAGCCUUUUGUCUUUGGCAUGCUCUGCUGGUUACUAUGAGCUAGCACAGGUAUUAUUGGCGAUGAAAGCCAACGUUGAAGACAGGGGCAUUAAAGGUGACUGUACUCCUCUAAUGGAAGCAGCGAGUGGCGGCCAUGUUGACAUUGUCAGACUCUUAUUGCUUCACAAUGCUGAUAUUAAUGCUCAGUCCUCGGCUGGGAAUACCCCUCUUCAUUAUGGAGCAUGUGGUGGCUUCAAAGAAGUAGUGGAGGAGCUGAUAAAUCAUGGAGCCAACGUUGAAAUCCAUAACGAGAAUGGUCAUACCCCUCUGAUGGAAGCUGCUUCUGCUGGUCAUGUUGAUGUUGCAAAAAUUCUCUUGGAGCAUGGAGCGGGUAUCAAUACUCACUCUAAUGAGUUCAAAGAGAGUGCUCUUACUCUGGCCUGCUAUAAAGGGCACCUAGAUAUGGUGAAAUUCUUAUUGGAGGCUGGAGCUGACCAGGAACACAAGACUGAUGAAAUGCACACUGCGUUAAUGGAAGCCUCCAUGGAUGGUCACGUGGAAGUUGCUCGUCUUUUGCUGGAUAGUGGUGCCCAGAUUCAGGUGAAUAUGCCCGAGGACAGCUUUGAGUCACCGCUCACUUUAGCUGCCUGUGGGGGUCACAUUGAACUGGCCAGCCUGCUGAUCGAGCGUGGAGCGAACAUUGAGGAGGUGAAUGACGAGGGCUACACGCCAUUGAUGGAGGCUGCACGGGAAGGCCAUGAGGAGAUGGUGGCUCUUCUCCUCUCUCAAGGAGCCGACAUUAACGCUCAGACUGAAGAGACUCAGGAGACUGCACUCACUCUGGCUUGUUGUGGCGGUUUUCUGGAAGUUGCCGAUUUCCUCCUUCGCUCUGGAGCCCUUAUUGAGCUGGGUUGUAGUACUCCUUUGAUGGAAGCUGCUCAGGAGGGCCACAUUGAACUGGUGUCUUUUUUACUGCAGUCAGGUUUGCGGCCAGGUGCCAAUGUUGAAGCCCAGACUGGCACUGGAGAUACUGCUCUGACGUACGCAUGUGAGAACGGGCACACAGAUGUCGCUGAGGCUUUGUUAGACUGUGGAGCUAAACUGGAGCACGAGUCGGAAGGAGGUAGAACUCCUUUAAUGAAGGCAGCAAGGGCAGGCCACCUAUGCACAGUGCAGUUCCUCAUCACAAAAGCUGGAGCUGAUGUGAACAGGGCCACUACCUCGAAUGACCACACAGUGCUGUCUUUGGCCUGUGCGGGGGGACACAUGGCUGUAGUGGACCUGUUGCUGCAGAACAAUGCUGACCCCAAUCACAAGUUGAAGGAUGGAUCCACAAUGGUGAUAGAAGCAGCAAAGGGAGGUCAUACUCAGGUGGUCAAGUUGCUGUUAGAGUGGCCCAACCGGUUUUUGGUUGGUCCCUCAGACCAGCUUCCCCAGCUGAAUGUAGCUGAUGCACCAGCCGAAGAGCCUCGUGUACCAGUGCAGGGACUGGCCAACAUUGUACCACCCAGUGAGCCAGAUCCUCAGAUCCCCAAUGUUGCUGCCAACUUGGGAAAUGCCAUCCAGGGGAAAGCUCAAAAGUCCUUAACCAAACGGACUGUGAUUGGCCAGCCAGAUGGCAAGAAUGGUAACAAGCUCAGCGGUGCUGCAGCGGAAAACUUUCAACUUAUCAACGAAGCUGGUCUCAUAGACGACAAAGCUAUUGAGAAGGAUGAGAAGAUGAGCACCAACCAGACGACAAAAGAGGAGCAGAUUCUCCGAAAGCAACAAAUCUUGGAGGAGCUGAAGAAGGUGGAGCUGGAGCUGCACGAGAAGGCCCAGCAACAGCAGCUCAACGCUCACCCGGACCUGGAGCAGCAGCAGCAGAUGCAGGCAAAACUCAAGCAGCCCCAGAUGUCUUCUUCCUCCGUUCCGUCUCCGACCAGUGCCGCCAGCGCUCUUGCUGGGGCCGGUGUUGUCCACAAGAGGGAGCAGUGGAAUGAAGAGCUGGCAAAAUUGCUUGAAAUACCUGGUCAGACAGAUCCCCUCAUGAAUGACUUUGCAAAACUAGUCUGUGAUUUGGGUCCAGCCACCUCCCCCUCAGCUGAGGCGUAUUUUCCGCAGACCCCGUUGAUAUUGCAACAGCACAAUCAACAGGGACAGUCCAUACAGUUAACCACGCCUCCUCCACCGCCCACGAGCACUGUAGUCAGCUCGUCUGCCAGCAAUAACUCGGGAGAAGUUCGGGGCGGGGUCGGGAAGGCUCAGGGCAACAAGAGGAACGGAUCAAACAAGCCGGGACGGACGGCCAAGAAUUUGUCUCAAGCCUUACAGCAGCCACCACCGCCACCUCCACCACCGCCCCCGCCUCAGCCUCUCGUCCAUCCAGCUAAAGGUCCACGAUUACUCCCACAGCAACAAGUUUUAACCCAAGCCCAGCCCAUCGUUUUUCAAACAGAACAUAAUGGGGCCUCUCAGUCAGUGGAAGUGACUCAGAACACGGCAUCCUCUUCACAAGUCAUGUUGGACUCGGCCCAGUGCCAGCAGCUCCAGACCCUCAGCCAACAAGUGCAGCAGCAGCCCCAGCAGCAGCAGCUGUUACCUCUGAACUGUUCGCCCAUGAUAGCGCCGGGCCAGGCUCAGCACGAGCAACUCCUCCACCACAUGCUGAACCAGCCCAGUCUGCAGCAUCAGAUUCAGAUGCAACAGCUUCAGCAAGGCCAGCAUGUGCUUCAGGCGGUGGCCAAUACUCAAGUCAGCACGGCCCCUCCUGCUCACUUGUCUCCGCAACAACAACAGCAGUAUCAGUACCAACAGCAGCAGGCCCACUUGCUCCAGCAGCACUUGCAGCAGCUCAAAGCCCCCGCCACCAGUGGCAACCACACCGUUGCCAUCAACAAGCCUCAGGUGGUGCGCAAGCAGCAGCGCAUCGUCCAGACUACCACUCAGACAACAAUCCACCACAACUCUGUGGUGAAUGUGGACGAGAACCUCCCCCACUCAAGCGUCCAGCCCCUGGCUGUGCCGGGCUCCACGGCGGCGUCUCUCUACACCAACGUAGACGUGGACUCGCAGACGGAGAGCAAUCACGACACUGCCCUCACUCUGGCCUGCACAGGGGGCCACGCCGAGCUAGUCAGUCUGCUGCUGGCCAAAGGGGCUGAUAUAGAGCACAGAGACAAAAAGGGGUUCACUCCACUUAUCCUAGCAGCCACAGGUGGCCACGUGGAUGUGGUGGAGAUCCUGUUGGACCACAAUGCGGACAUUGAGGCUCAGUCGGAGAGAACAAAGGACACACCUUUGUCUCUUGCUUGUUCAGGUGGUAGAUACGAGGUUGUUGAAUUGUUGUUGAACCGUGGGGCAAACAAGGAACACCGCAAUGUCUCAGACUACACCCCCCUGAGCCUGGCUGCUUCAGGAGGAUAUGUCAACAUCAUCAAAUUGCUUCUUUCUCACAAUGCUGAGAUAAAUUCCAGAACUGGGAGCAAACUAGGCAUCUCUCCACUCAUGUUAGCGGCCAUGAAUGGGCACACUGCGGCGGUGAAGCUAUUGCUUGACAUGGGAAGUGAUAUCAACGCUCAGAUAGAAACAAACAGAAACACGGCUCUUACUCUUGCUUGUUUCCAAGGCCGCCAUGAAGUUGUCAGCCUUUUGGUGGAUCGUAAAGCAAACAUAGAGCACAGAGCAAAGACGGGCCUGACACCACUGAUGGAGGCAGCUUCAGGUGGCUAUGUUGAAGUAGGCCGGGUGUUGCUGGACAAGGGAGCAGACGUGAACGCGCCUCCGGUCCCUUCUUCCCGUGACACCGCUUUGACCAUCGCAGCAGACAAGGGGCACUAUCGAUUUGUUGAGUUACUCCUUCAUCGAGGGGCAUCAGUUGAUGUGAAAAACAAGAAAGGGAACUCGCCUUUAUGGUUAGCUUGCAAUGGUGGUCAUAGUGAUGUGGUGUCCUUGUUAGUGCAGGCUGAUGCAGACAUUGACAGCCAGGACAACCGGAAAGUUUCGUGCCUCAUGGCUGCGUUUCGCAGGGGCCACAUUAAAGUGGUCAAGUGGAUGGUGAAAAAAGUUACUCAGUUCCCUUCGGAGAACGAAAUAAAGAGAUACAUCACGACCAUUACAGACAAGGAGCUGCAGAAGAAAUGCACCCAGUGUGCUGAUGUGAUAGUGUCUGCCAAAGACCGCCAAGCUGCAGAGGCCAACAAAAAUGCUGACAGCUUGCUGGAGGAGAUCAAACAGGAGAAGGAGCAGGCCGCACUGAAGGCUGAAAUGGCGUCAAAGAGACGAGAGAGGAGGAGGGAGCGCAAGAAGAAGGGAAAGCAAAAGGACGAGAAGGGGGAUAAAGACAAGGAUAGUGGGAAGAAUUCCUCACCAGAGCCGGAUGGUGAGUCAGGAUCAGGAAAGAAAGAUGAUGAUGAGGAGGAAGAGGAGGAAGAAGAUGACAGUAACCAUGAAUCACCUGCAAAUACAAUUACCAGCUCUGCCAAGACGGAGGUGCCUGGUAGGACUCAGAAAGGGAAGCCCGGCCUAGCUAACUCUGGGAAAAGCCAAGUCCCAGUCGAAAGUCAGCAAACAUCAAGACUGCCACCCAAUAUGACGCCCAGCGUAGAGUUCAGCCCGCCUGCGUUGUCGCCCGCGUCCACAGCCAACAGCGGCACGGCGGCCGGCACCAGCCUGGCUGCCUCGGCGCGCGCCAACAGAGAGGCACGCAAGAAGCAGCAGAAAGCGGCUCGGGAGACGCGCAGGGAGGCGAGCGGCAACGAUAGCGGACUGCGCCUCAACCAGAAGGUGGAGCUGAACAAGAAGCAGGUGACGGACGCCCUGCAGGUGACCCUGGCCAAGGUGAGCACGCUGAUGGAGUCUGUGGUGACGGUGACGGCGGUCAGCGCUCAGGCCAACACGGCCAGCACAGUGCUGGUGUCCAGCAGCAUGGGCCACGGCACACACCUGGUCAACUCCACCCGCGUCUCCUUCUCCAACACCAUGGGAAACAAUGCAACCUCGCACAGUGCCGGAGGGACUGGCAACGCCAAGGAAAAUUCCAACAACGCUAGUGUCAAUGGAGGGGGAAACAAGUCACGCUCCAAGAAAUCCAAUGACCUCAUGAAACAGAGCAGUUCUACCGGUAUUGGUGAUCUUGAUGAUUUUGGAGUUCCAAUGUCAAACGUGCUGAAGAACUUUACAAAUGGCAAACUGGGGAUCAAGAAAAUCAAUGACAACAAGAAAGAAAUGUGGAUUGAAGACUACAAGUAUAUUGAAAAGCCUGCGUCCAUUAGAAUGGCGUCAACAGCCCCAAGUCCACGCAAAGGGCAAAAGAAGGAUGAAGGCUGGAAGGAAGUUGUUCGAAAAAAUAUGUCCAAAAAGCUCUUGGUCCCAGCAAAUGUGACGGCUCGGCUGAUUGGAAAGGGUGGAUGCAAUAUCAAUGCCAUUCGAGAGAUUUCAGGAGCUCAUGUUGAAGUGGAGAAAGCCAAAGGGAACUCUGACAGGACUGUGACCAUAAAGGGUUGCCCUGAUGCCAUCCGGCAAGCUAACAAUUUGAUCAAUGCAAUGGUGGAGGAGCCUGAUAAAGACAUCUCAGAAAUUUUAGCGAGAGCUACAAACAAAAGCCAUAAGCCAGUGGCAGAGAAGCCCCAACAGCAGAAGACCCCGGUCUCCAUUGCUGACUUUGCUAUUGGCACUUUCACCCUGCCCACCACUUCCAAUCAUAGCACCAGCGUUUCUUCUGCUGGAAAAUCCCCUGCUCAGGCUAAAUCCAACAGGCAAGGGGGCACCCAGUCCAGCAAUUCUCGUCCUGCCUCCACCCCUUCCAAUACCAUUGGGCCGACAAUCGGAGCCUGGCAGAACCCUGUGCCGGGUCAGGUCACGCCUUCCUCGCCACGCAGGAGUCCGCAGAAGCAGGUCACGCCUAGUGCGUCUGGCGCCGGUGGGAGGUCAGCCCCUGCCAGCGCUGAUAAAAGCUCGGCCCGCCAGCUGGUGUUUGGGGAGCAGCGAGGAAGCAAGCGGUCCAGCUCCCCGGUGUCGGUCACCUCCUCCUCUGCCUCUCUCACGUUCACGGCCACGGCGACCACCACCAUCCGCGGUGUAGUGAGCAGCGCCUCUGUCGUCUCUAGCGCCAGCGUCAACAAAGGGCAGGACCCCAGACUGCAGAGCCACAGCAAACCGGGCGGCAUCGCCAAUGCCAGCGCUGGAAACGGUGGAAGCGCCCGCUACCAGCGGCACAGCGGCGCUGUUCCCGCUAGAAUGGAACCCAUGCCUCUCCCGAUUGUGACGAGUGGCAGUAGCAACCACCCAGAGCGGAACCAGUCCAGCAACACGGCCCCAGCCACCCAGCCUCCCCCGGGCGAGUACUCUCCCUUCAACAACAACCUCUUCACCAAUCUUUUGGCAAAGAAGGACGAGCAGGCAGACAAGAUGGACUUUGCUAGUGUUGCUGCCGCCGGUGUGGUGACCACAAGCCCUAGUCCUCAAACGACCUCCAACCCUGCCGCCACCAUCGCCAACAGCGCUGUGGACCCAGCACUACAAGCCAAGGCCCCUGGUUUUAAGAUCCCUCAGAGAGGCAACUCCCCUCCCUACCGACCGGAACAAGAUCCGAACAUGAGAGGAUACCCCAUGAAUCCGGGCCCCCCUGGAGGCCCAAGUAUGGGAGGUGGCAUCCAUCACGGAGGUUCCCAUUACCACAACCUGGAGGAUUACAUUCUGAGGAGAUACCAGGAGAGUCAUGCGAUCAACCAGCUGCUCCACCCGAUCAUGAUGGGUGCGCGUGGCAUGCUGCCCCCUGGCAUGAUACACCAGGGAAUGGGAGGCAUCCCGAUGGCACCCGGCCAGCAGCAGUUGCCUCAAAAGGAGGAGUACAGCAAGCCGCAUCGUCCCAUGACUCUUCCCGAGAUCAAAGGUGCCCUCAAUCCAAACGCUCCGGAGUUCCAGCUGUCGGGGACUGGUCAGCCCCUGGUGAAUGGCUUUGAACCACCCAGUAGCCUCUUCAACAGCAUGAUGGGAAUGGUGGGCCGCUCGGCCAUGGGCCAGAAUGGACCGGAUGGCCUCAGCCCGAGCUCCAGUCCCAACCCAGGGUCGGGCAUGCCUGGCUUGAAUCCGGGUUCCCUGCCUCACAUGAUGCAGCAAAACCCGGACCUGAUGGGCAACCCCAACCUCCAGUACAUGCUGCAGCAUGCUCGUCAAGCAGCGGUGGCCAUGGGUGGGGGCGGUGGCGGAGGAGGGAACAGCCCCCCUCAGCUGGGGACCUCCCGCCUUUCCUCCAGCCUCAACUCUGGCAUGGGUCAGGCCGGCCAGCCCCACGGAUCCCCUCCCCAGGGCCUGAUUGGGCCGCCGGGGAUGAUGUCUGGGGGAGGCGGGCCGUCCAGCUUCCUGUCCCAGUCUCAGAACCAGCCGCCGCGGCCUCACUCCCCGCUGCAGAAUCUGUCUGGUCGACCCAGUAGUGCGCCCUCCGUGCAGCCAGAUCCGGGACCCAUUGGGCCUCCACGUAGUGGCUCCCCCGUGUCCAGCCGCACUCCACCACUGGAGAUGAACAAGCACAUUCAGCCCAUAGGGGGUGAGCGGAAGAGGGGUUCUGGCAGACCGGCUCCUGCCCCCAACGCUGCCUCUUUUGGUAACCUGUGGGGCUUCAACAAUGCUGCCUCAGUGCCCGGGGGUGGCAUGGUCUACCAUCACGGAAUGAACGAAUCUGGUGAUGAGGGCCUUGACUACGGGCUGCAGGGGCCUGUGCAGUACGACGCUACUGGCAUAGCUUCUGGUGACGCCGACCACAAUAACAUAACUCAUGCCUCCAACAUGAUGGUGCCUGGAAUGUAUGGCAAUGGCGGCCAUUUCCCCAUCGGGCCCAUGUUCCCACCCAAGAGUGGAGCGGGAGAUUCCCAGAAUCCUCCGCUGUGGAACCCCAACAUGACACCGGCUCCAUCUGACCAAGGCGACAAUGAGAGAUGGCAGACGUGGAGUCAGCAAGCUGAGAUGUAAAGAAAAAAAUUACUUUGGAUUCUGUAUUCUACUUGUUAGUGCUCAUAUAUGCAUUUCUCCCCCUCUUGUUUUUGGAAAUUUUGAAGAAGAAAAAAAAACCUUCCUUCUCCAAGGGUCGUUUUAGAUUCUGACUCAAGAAUUUCACCAAGCUGUUUUUCUUGAGCUCAUGUGGAAAUAACUUGUCCUGUGUAUUGUUGUGUAGAUGACGUCUUUUUGCCUUUUCUUUUCCUUCUCUAGCUUUCUUUUUAUGUUUUUUCCUCUACAUUCGUGGCUGUCUUCAAGUGUCCCUCCUGAACAUGGGAACUGAAUGGGAGGGGGAAAAGAAGUCCACUUUGCUCUGCCUUCUCGUUGCUUUUUGACUGGUCAGACGACAAUUAUCGUUCAGACUUAAUUUUCGACAGAUUUAUCUCAAAGGAACGGCUCAGAAGAGCGAAACAACGGUUUAUCCGCACCAAUAAAGUAUGAGGACUGAAUCGUUUGCAUGACUUUUAAGAAGUAAGCAUCUUUGAUGUCUGGGUUAUUUUUUUUAUAUCUUUUUUUUUUUUUUUUUAAAAAGAUUUGAACCACGAACUAUGUGACAUUCUCACUGGUGAAGGAUAAUGAAUGUCUGUUGUCCCUGUGGUAUAAUGUACACCGAAUCUUGAUUGGGGAAAAGAAGGGUGUCGUGGGACUACCUUUUCAUAGAUGUAUCACACAGAAGAUACACUGCAGGCCUCUACAGGCCUAACAAGAUUGUAUUUUACUGUUUUCUUUCUCCUUCUAUCUGGCGGGCCUUUUGUCUGCCUUCAGCCAGAGAGGAGUGGGUGUAAUACAUUAAAAAUUCAAAUAAAAAAUAAAGCAAGUGAUGAAUUCAUG